CAAAACUGCGGGAGCGGUCGUCCCGGAAGCGGAAGUCUCGAGGUUUAGUCCCGCCCCCCCCGCCGCUUAGGCUCCGCGGCCUCCAAGCUCUGUAGCUAUGACUGCUCGCGGGACUCCGAGCCGCUUCUUGGCCAGUGUUCUGCACAACGGACUGGGUCGCUACGUGCAGCAGCUGCAGCGUCUGAGCUUCAGCGUCAGCCGCGACAGCGCCUCGUCUCGCGGCGCCAGGGAGUUCGUGGAGCGGGAGGUGAUCGACUUCGCCCGACGGAACCCAGGGAUCGUAAUAUAUGUGAACUCGCGUCCGUGCUGCGUGCCCAGAGUAGUGGCCGAAUACCUUAACGGGGCUGUGCGCGAGGAGAGCAUCCACUGCAAGUCGGUCGAGGAGAUCUCGACGCUGGUGCAGAAGCUGGCCAACCAGUCGGGUUUGGACGUGAUCCGCAUCCGCAAGCCCUUCCACACUGACAACCCUAGCAUCCAGGGCCAGUGGCACCCCUUCACCAACAAGCCGACCACUUUCCGCGGGCUGUGCCCCCGAGAGGUUCAGGAUCCUGCCCCAGCCCAGGUGCAAGCACAGUGAAGAGUUGCUCCACCAACUCCAACCCCAGGCUUUGGGCUGUUUCUCCAGUAAAGGUGGUUCUUUCCCUUUGGGAUUCCAAGCCCAGGUAAAUGGAACCCAUCAAUGGGCAAGUUGACAGAGGUUCUGCUUGGGAUAAAGAAGAGCUGCCUGUUUCUUUCCAGUGCCUGCUUCUAGGGGCAGUGACCUUGUGAACCCCUAAUUUUUAUCAGUUAGCAUCCCUAAAACCUGAGAUGAGGAAGACUUAAAGGAUUUUACAGGGCCCUUGUUUUUUAAAUCCAAAUUGAUAAUAAUUAUAUCUCAAAACACAAUGAGAGGUCUGAAGGCUGGCUUCUGAAGAAUCCCUGAUGUCUUCUUGGUACAACCACUGAGCUAUGGAGAGCUCUGCUGUGAUGGGCUAGGCACUUUAUAUCUAUGUGAAUGUGUGUGUGUACAGAUUUAUAAAACUGAGGUUAAUAAACUUAUCCCAAGUCACAUUUCA